CGCCGCGGCCGGUUCCGUGCGCAACCGGGCAGAAGGGCCAGUGCUGACGGGGAGAGGCUCCCAGGCUCCUAAACCGUCGCAGAGCUGCUGGGCUGCCCGCCGCCCCCGCCGCCCCGCCGGGGCCCAGCCCGACCCGCCACCUGCGUCCCGGUUGCGCCAUGGAUCCUUCGGAGAAGAAGAUCUCGGUGUGGAUCUGCCAGGAGGAGAAGCUGGUGUCUGGUCUCUCUCGCCGCACCACCUGCUCGGACGUGGUGCGGGUGCUGUUGGAGGACGGCUGCCGGCGGCGACGGAGGCAGCGGCGGGGCCGGCGGCGGGGGGCGGCCGGCGACUCGCCAGGCCGGGAGGAGCUGCGGGAACUCCUGGACGAGGACGACGAGGACGACGGCGAGGCGCUGCCGCAAGGCAUGCUGUGCGGGCCCCCGCAGUGCUAUUGCAUCGUGGAGAAGUGGCGGGGCUUUGAGCGCAUCCUGCCGAACAAGACGCGCAUCUUGCGCCUCUGGGCCGCCUGGGGCGACGAGCAAGAGAAUGUGCGCUUCGUGCUGGUGCGCAGCGAGGCGUCACUACCCAACGCGGGCCCCCGCAGCGCCGAGGCGCGCGUGGUACUCAGUCGCGAGCGCCCCUGCUCGGCCCGGGGGGUCCCGGCGCGGCCCAGCCUGGCUCUGACCCAGGAGAAGCAGCGGCGGGUGGUGCGCAAGGCCUUCCGCAAGCUGGCCAAGCUCAACCGGCGGCGCCAGCAGCAGCCGUCGUCGCCCUGUUCGUCCGCUUCGUCGUCCACCGCCUCGUCGUGCUCGUCUUCGCCGCGGGCCGCGGAGAGCGCAGCGGUGGAGCGCAUGGAGACGCUGGUGCAUUUGGUGCUCUCACAGGACCACACCAUCCGUCAGCAGGUGCAGCGGCUCCGGGAGCUGGAUCGCGAGAUCGAUCGCUAUGAGGCCAAGGUGCACCUGGACCGCGUGCGGCGACACGGAGUCAACUACGUGCAGGACACUUACUUGGUGGGCGCCGGCAUCGAGGUCGACGGGCCCAGCCCGGGAGAGGAGCCGGAGGCGGCUGCGGCUCCCCUGGACGGCGAGGCGCAGGCGGCCGCGCUGGAGGAGCUGGCCCGGCGGUGCGACGACCUGCUGCGCCUGCAGGAGCAGCGAGCCCAGCAGGAGGAGUUGCUCGAGCGCCUCUCAGCCGAGAUUCAGGAGGAGCUGAACCAGAGGUGGAUGCGGAGGCGCCAGGAGGAGCUCGCGGCGCGGGAGGAGCCCCUGGAGCCUGACGGCGGCCUCGACGGCGAGCUGCUGCUGGAGCAGGAGCGGGUCAGGACGCAGCUCAGCACCAGCCUGUACAUCGGGCUCCGGCUCAACACGGACCUGGAGGCCGUCAAGUCGGAUUUGGAUUACAGCCAGCAGCAGUGGGACAGCAAGGAGUGCGAGCUGCAGGGCCUUCUCCAGACUUUGCACACGUUGGAGCUGACGGUAGCGCCCGAUGGGACUCUCGGCUCUGGCGGACCCUCCCGGGAACCCCGGCCCCAGGGCUGCGCCGAGGUGUGGGUGGAUCAGGCCCGCGGACUGGCCAAGAGCUGUCCUGGCAACGACGAGGACUCGGAUACCGGGCUGAGCUCUAUGCACAGCCAGGACUCGGACUCAGUGCCUGUGUGCGAAUCUCUUGUGUAAGAGGAGCAGGGUGGGAGAGGGGGACGAUCCUUCUCCCUUCCUCGCAGAAAGCACUGGCAUGGCCGGCUCAGGGACUUGAAACCAGGCUGGGGGUGGGCCGGGGAGCCCUGCCAGGUAGCAGCGCUCCCACCGGGCGGGCGGGGGCGGGGGAGCUGGGGACACCGGUCCUGCGAGGGCGCUCCUCUGGUUCCCCAGUGAGUAUAGAGGGGUGCGGGACAGGGAGGCCAGGUCUCCAUUCCAAGCUCUUUCUGGGGAAGGAAGGAGGGAGGUGGUGAGAACCACCUGUCCUGGAAAACAAAAGCCCCAGGGAAACUGACGUGGUCCGAACCCAUUUUCAAAAAAAAAAAAAAAGAAAAGAAAAAAAGUAUUAUGAAGAUUUCAGCAAUCUUCUGUAUGGGAAAGACUGAUGGCAGCUAGAACUUUAGUUUGCGGCGUAAAGUGCUUUUGAAAGAAACUCUUGGAUGAAAAGGAAAUUCCUUGAAUGUUAAUUGUGACUGUGAACGUGUUAAAACUAGCCAAAGAGGAGUGCUGGUGUUGGUCUCAGCCUUACUUACAUCUCUGAUAAAACCCGCAGGCACCCAAAUCCUGGCUCUUUACCUUCCUGCAGACUGGGGAAUUACCCCUCUGCUAAACUGCUCAUCUUUUAAUUUCUUUCAAAGGCUGAGCUGUGUGGAAGUCUAACCCUGCAUUUCCUCCUUGCAAAUACAGUAUGUGUUAAAAUAGAAUCCUUUCCCUAAAAUAACCUUUUAUUAUUACAAAAGCCAAACAUAACACUUUUGAGAUAGAGAAGCCUGGCAGACAUAAUCCCUGGUUACUGUUUAAUCGGGACCCUUUGGGAUUUGCCCCUGCAAAGGGACCUCUGCUGUCCUUUCUUUUCAUUCAUGUUGUCGCUUCAUCCACUGAAUCACUGUUACUCCAAGAAAAAUAAAAGGGAAGUUGCAGAAUUCAAGUGAAGUGCAACUAAAGUUGCUAUCUAAUGAGCACUCUGGUUGUAACGGAGACUUGAAAGCAAAGAUCUUUGUUAGUGUUCAGCUUUUGAACUAAGCUAUAUGAUUAAAACCAACCAUGACCUCAAGGUAUUUUUACCCCAACCCAAGUCUAACUUCAGUAGCUUUGGUCAGAGAUUAAUUAGUUACUUGUCCAAGCCUAAAUUGAGAGUGCAAAUAUCAACGUUUACUAGAUAAGGCCCCCAAAAGAAAACGUAAAAUAAAACAAUCUACUAGUACACCUUGGGUGAGCAAUUUGAUUAACCAGGGCAUGUAGCCACAGAUAAAUGCAUAGAAAAGUGAGCUUAAAGGUGACUUGAAUUAUUCUUGUCUGGCUCAUGCCUUUGCACACACCCAGAGAUACGAGUGCAACCCCUCUCUCUUAAUAGCUGGUGAUGGAGCCCUGGUGGGGACCCAGUGUAAUUGUUCCAGUUAUUUCAAUGAAAAGUUAUCAGUUGUAGCUAGUUGUUGCCCCGUGGAAGGAGCCUGUUGGCCCUGUUCCCUCUGGAGCUCAGGACUUCUGAGGAAUGUGGGAUCUAAUCUGUCCUGAGGAGGUAUUAACAAUGGGGUGUGUGUGUGGUACCAGCCUGCUGCAGAAGCCUGGUAUCAGCUUAACCAUGGAGGGGCUGGCUCCAGUUUCAACACCACAUGUGAAGAUAACUUAAAAGGUCUUGCUUUAUCAAGAAAUUUCUUUCCUUUGAGAGAUUCUCUGUCUGCUUGUUGCUAACGGGGACCUGCCCACCUGACCCCCUCAAACCAUUUGAGCUAUGUCCUUUUUGGGGACAACCCUCCUCCCCCCCCCCCCACCAUGCUAUUAAAGCACACGUGGAUAUUUCA